GGGCCUCAUAAACAACCACAGAACCACAAGUUGGGUACAGAGGCAGUCACACAAGAGCGGGUCCGGGAUAUUGGUCAGCAGGCAGGGCAAAUCGCUUUGACUGCAAACCACAGAGUUUCGUAGAGUGGUAGAAGAAAUCAUAUAUUCCUUCACUGUGAAGAGAAAGUGAGUUUUAAAGAGGAAACAAUGGCUUCAAACAGCGUAUUUGAUUCACUUCCUUCUUACCAGCACUUCUUGAGAGAUACCAGCACCAGCCGCCGCUUCACGCCGCCCUCCACCGCGCUGAGCCCGGGGAAGAUGAGCGAGCCGCUGCCGCUGCCCGGCGCCGAGCACAGCGGAGCGCUGGCGGGGAAGCUGCGCGCCGCCGACCGCAGCAUGGUGGAGGUCCUGGCGGACCACCCCGGGGAGCUGGUGCGCACCGACAGCCCCAACUUCCUCUGCUCCGUGCUGCCCACCCACUGGCGCUGCAACAAGACGCUGCCCAUCGCCUUCAAGGUGGUGGCCUUGGGAGACGUACCCGAUGGGACGCUGGUCACGGUGAUGGCUGGAAACGAUGAGAACUACUCUGCAGAGCUCAGAAAUGCGACGGCUGCCAUGAAAAACCAAGUGGCGAGGUUCAACGACCUCAGAUUUGUGGGUAGAAGUGGAAGAGGGAAAAGCUUCACACUGACUAUCACAGUUUUCACAAACCCGCCACAAGUAGCCACGUACCACAGAGCCAUCAAGAUAACGGUGGAUGGACCACGCGAACCCAGAAGACAUCGUCAGAAACUAGAUGAGCAGACAAAGCCCGGGAGCUUGUCCUUUUCAGAGCGCCUGAGUGAACUGGAGCAGUUGCGUCGUACGGCCAUGAGGGUCAGCCCACACCACCCAGCCCCCACACCCAACCCACGAGCCUCCUUGAACCACACCACUGCUUUUAACCCUCAGCCUCAGAGUCAGAUUCAGGACACGAGGCAAGUGCAGCCGUCCCCGCCAUGGUCCUACGACCAGUCCUACCAGUACCUGGGCUCCAUCGCGACUCCCUCGGUGCACCCUGCCACGCCGAUAUCGCCUGGCAGGGCCAGCGGCAUGACGUCCCUCACCGCAGAGCUUUCCAGCCGCCUCUCAGGUGCUUCUGACUUGACGGCAUUCAGUGACCCCAGAGUGGGGAUCGACCGCUCCUUCUCCGCGCUCCCUUCCAUUUCUGAUCCUCGGAUGCACUACCCGGGAGCGUUCACCUACACGCCAACACCCGUCAGUUCGGGGAUAGGGAUCGGUAUGUCUGCUAUGUCCACGGCCACCAGAUACCACACUUACCUCCCACCUCCAUAUCCCGGUUCCUCUCAGGCCCAAGGCAGCCCAUUCCAGACCAGCUCACCUUCGUACCACCUCUACUACGGAACCUCUGCCGGGUCCUAUCAGUUCUCCAUGAUCUCAGGAGGAGACCGGUCCCCCCCGCGCAUCCACCCCCCUUGCACCAAUGCUUCCACAGGAUCGACACUCCUCAACCCCAACCUUCCCAACCAAAGCGAUGUGGUUGAGGCAGAAGGGAGCCACAGCAACUCCCCAACCAACAUGGGUACCACGGCAAGGCUAGAGGAAGCGGUUUGGAGGCCAUACUGAAUGCAUUUUAAGUAGUCGUGGGCCAGGACUAACGUGCUUUCAAUUUACCGAUGCCCGUAGGUAUCCCAUAAACACCUGUCUUGCUUGUGGGCCCUGCCAUGUUCAUACAUCACUUCCAGAAGCAAACUCUCCAGAAGUCAGCGGUCCCAAGAGCAGUGGCGUGUGUUGGGCCAGCUGCGGGGCUGGUGAAGCGAUGCCACGCCAGCAAGGUACCCCCCGGGGGGCUGAGCUUCUGGAAAGGAGGACAUUCAGGUUGGUGGCCUGUAGGUAGUGAGGGUGGGUAGGAAGAUAUCCAGGCUGUUCCCGGGCCUGUGGCUUUCAAACAUGCCCAGGUUUGAAGGUCUUCACAGCCCUAAAGGGAGUUUCAGUUCACUUCUGUUUUUAAGACUUAAGACCUAACAGAAACUUAACGAGUUUACUGCAUCUUAUGGACGUGUUAACUAUAAGGAAGUAUAGGAAGAUUCCCAGAGGGAAACUGUGAACGCUUCUGUUUUAGCAAUGCUGUGAAUGAGAGGUUUUAUAUGUUGGACUUCAGUUUUUCCUUUUUUUUUUUUUUUUUUAAACCAUGUUGUGUAUUCCAAAGAAUAUGGAAUUUUUUAUUGCUGGUUUGUUUGGUUUUUUUUGGUUUGGGUUUGUUUAUUUUUUUUUUUUAAGGAUGCAACUCAUCCUGCUUUGCAUCUAAUUGGUUUAAUUUCUCUUGGCACCUUAUAAAUCGCAAAAAAAAAGAGAUUUUACUUUUUGUUGUUGUUUUAAUCACGCUUGCUUCUUUCUUGCUUUGUCAACUGAAAGAAUCAGCCCCUUUUUCAAUGAGUUAAUUUAACUUUUUUUUCUCUUGGACUUUUUUUUUUAAUACAACGGCUACAGCCUUGGGUCAUUUUCAACUACUGUACUACUUUGAUGAUAUUUAUGCUUGAUAUUUAGACUUUUCUUAUUUGUUGAUACUAUUAUUAUUUAAAUAUGCCUAUAUUAAAAAGAUCAGCAAUUGCCUUUUUUGGUAGCAGCCAAAGUCAAAUUUGUCACAUUGAAAAAGGCUGGAAUAACGAUGGGUAAAGUGACCUCCUAAUUACCUAGAAAUAUUGUUUACGAUUAUCUCCCUUUCAUUUUACUCAGCUAGGUGAGCCCACAGCCUCAGAGCUGUUGAGAUGCCCCACUCCUCCUGAAACAAUUGAGGCGCCAGAGUCCCCAUGAAGGCACUGUGCCUUUCCCCUCAGUGGAGUCAUCUCUCCACGCCCCUUCCUCGUUUUUCCAUAGUCACCAGUGGUGAUGCUCAGGAUCAGUACUCAGGAGGUACCUAUAUCAUAAGGCAGUCUUUUGUAUUCCCUCAACUAUGUAAGUCCCCAUGCAGCCCUGUUCUGUGCUGAGCUUCCCUUGGCUUCCUAACAACUCUGGUGGAGGCUUCGUAGUCUUUCAAAUCAAAAGCUAACACACAGUUAGCACGGCAGGAGUGAAAUGAAGAAGACUAGUAGAAUCAAUGUGAGACUUGGUCCCAGCUCAGUGGAGCCAAGAUUUCUGUGCAGUACAAGAGCCAUGUUGGAGUGUACUGGAAAGGAGAUCAAUUCAUGCAUCACAAAAUAGCUCAGACUGAACAGAGUCAAGUUCAUCUGGAAAGCAGGCCAGCAAAGAAGGGGCCUUAAUGGUUCUUCCAUCACCAUAUCUUAAAACCCAUGCACAGACUAUUUGGUCCUGUAGCAAAUAUGCACGGCUUGUAGUAGGAGCAUGUUAAUACAGAGUUGUCAUCAUUGCCCAUCGUUACAGCACAAACAUAUCAGAUGUCACUGUAAAGUUUAUGGCACUGUUUUAUUUGAGGGUUUGGUCCGAACGCAGCUGUUGUACUACUCAUUAAUUACAGACUGCUGAUGUUGACAAGUGUGCGUUCCCAAUGAUCCAAUUAUUAUUUAAUGUACGUCUUAAAUGAGUGAAACAAUUGCAGGUCAACUCAGAGAGUAUUUGAAAGCAGGACUUCAGAUCAGUGUUUGAUGUUUAAAAAAAAAAAAAUGAAAAGGAUUCAAAUUAAAAAGAUCCUUGGCUGCAGGCAGCAGAACAGCUGGACUUAUUUAAAACCAUUUGUUUUUCAAGUUUUCUUUUUUUAUAUAUAUGAUUUUGCUUCUUUGUUUAAGUCAGAUGCAGUAGCACUUUGGUAUUGAAAAGUUACAAAUUGAAGAACUUGCAUUGUCAACAAGGUCAUUUUUGUGCAGAAAAUAGGGGGUGUUUCAAGAGAUCUCAGCAAAAGUUCAAAAUGGUUCUGCUAAAAUAUAUACAUGGCCUCGUGCUUUUAUUUAGCAUAAUAUAAUUUAUCAUUUUCUAGAGUUUGCUCUGAUCAAAAAAGGCAGAAAGCAUCAAAGUCAAUAUCAGAACAGUUAAAAAUGCAUUUUGGAAGUACGGAGACCUUGCUGAAUAUGGAAAUAGAGAGACCCUACCCUUACAUAGUUGGAAUCUCACCUCAUCAGUAGCCUAAAAAAAAGUCCUUCCUCACUAAACAGUAGCUCUGUUGCAGAAUCCAUUUUACGCAUUCUCUGUCGCCGUGCAGCUCAAAUCCCCAUUGACCACAGCUUUCACGUCUGCCUUGUGACUGGACCACCCAAGUGCAUAGUACUGUGAGUGGGAACCCAGAGGUGAGGGCGAGGAACCACAGAGGAGCCGCAGGCCUCCCCACAGGGCACAGCUGCUGGUGGCUGGGUGACUCCUGCCCAGUGGCAGAGGUGAGGCUGCUGUGGUCAGGACUCUCCCACGUCAGUCUCUCCCCACAGCCACGACUGCUGUCUGCUGAAGUCUUUGCCUGUUUUAGCCCAUAGUAUUGUACUAUAUACUGGAUGCCCCAUCCCUGGAGGCAUUCAAGGCCAGGCUGGAUGUGGCUCUGGGCAGCCUGGUCUGGUGGUUGGCAACUCUGCACAUAGCAGGGGGUUGAAACUCGAUGAUCACUGUGGUCCUUUUCAACCCAGGCCAUUCUAUGCUUCUGUGAUCCCCUUCUGAAACUAAAGUGUCAGGGAGGGAAAGGUGAGCCAAGUCUGCCAGCCCAGUGGUCAGGCCUAACGUUUAACAUUUCUUAUGGCUACACAUCUACUUUCUUCACACCUGCCCUGAAGAGGAAGUUUAAUUUUACACUCCCUGGUGUGAACGGUUUGAGAAAGUGCGGAGCUGUUCACAGCACUCACCCCUUUUCUGAAACACAACCAAAACGUGGGAUUUCCCACCUCCCCACUCACCAUCACUGCCAGCAACUCCUGAGUCUAACCUCUCUGUACACGUCAAACACAGAAUAAUGCAGUGCUCCCCUUACAGAAGAAAAUCUAAGUUUAUUAUCCUGUGCAAUUAGUCUGUUUAAUCACCGUGGGCUACAGUGUAUUCACACAAGUGUUUAUGAGACACUCAAUGAGAACUCAUGAGUUCACUCAAAUCUCUAUUUUUGUAGCCAUCCCCUGUUCCGCUCAGGACAGCAAAGCUCUCUGAGGCUGUAAAAAAUGCUCUUGUGUCAUUCCUCUCAUAUCUAAACAGCACUUGGCAGGCAGAAACAGGACAGCUAGGUAAAACACUUCCCCCAUUCACAUGCCUCCAAAUUAUAGUGUAUAAGUAUAUAUUUUUAUAUGUAAUAUAUAUAUAUUUAUAUAGUUUUAUCAUCCCAGCCGCUGAAUGGAAUAGCACUGUUGUGCUUCCCUUUGCAAGUCGUGGUCAGCAGAGUGCCUUAGGCUCCUUCCCCUACUGACGUGCAGUAGUUAAUGGCAGUUCCUACUAUCAGCUUGUGUGUUCCUCUCACAAGACACAGCUUGUUGUCCAGAGGCAGCCUCAUCGAGCAAUUCCAAAGUAAACACAGGGCCGACCUCCUGUUUGCAUUAAGGCCCUUUACUUUGCUCUCAGCGUUUCUGCUCACUUCCAGAGUUCCCAUUUGGCUUCCAGAGCAAAGUGAAGGAGCUUUAGUGCAAGAGGAGGCAGACGCGGGGAGCGUCGCUGCUACUAAGGAUUUUACUUGCAGAAUUAUGCCAAAUAAACUUCUGGAAAGGAGAAAAACGGUUUCCUCCAAGUGGCCCACGGUCUUUGUCAGAGUGUUCCGAGUUGCCUGCACUCUUGAAACAUUCAUUACUGCUUUCUGGAUGACCUUCUCCAUGAGUGUAUUUGAAGAUUCAGGAUAAGUGGAUCAUUUUCAAUUACUUGGGCAAAACACUUUCUUGUUUUCCUGCGUUGUAACGUUCUCGUGUUUUAUUUUUGUUAACCUCGCUUGGUCAGUACUGAUCACUCGGCAUUUUUCUCCUUGUCCUAAGAGGGUUGCAUCAACAGAGUUACUUGUAUUUAUGUAUGUAAAUAGAUUUCAAAAGCUUCAUAGCAAAAUAUUUAGUGCUUGUAAUUACUCCGCUUUUGUUUUUUUCACAUUUUUCUGUGUUUGUAAUGAACUUACCUUUGGUUGCUUAAGUACUCUAGUGAGACUUAUUUCUUUCCAAAUUAGUUAUUUUAGGCUUCGAGAUUAACUACAUUUUAUUCACUUUUGUAAACAGUUAUAGCAUGGUCUCUGUUCAACACUCUUCACUUGGUUGGUUUCUUUUUUUGUGGUAGGGGAGAAAUGAAUGUGCAAAAAUCUGUGGGUUUAUUUGUGGUAUCCUGGGUAUGACAGUUCCACACCUUUCGUUCAAACGCAAACUCAGCUUUCAGUCUGAGGGGGUGGCAUGGCAAGUCGGAGGGGAGGGCACAGUGGGAGACGCGGUCCUAUCGGGAUGGCAUCAAAGUGUGUUCGUUUGGCAUUUACUGGAUCUGUUUACAAACCAGAUGCUGCAGCGUACUGGAACAGUCACAUUUUCCUUUGACGCUGUCAUGCUGAACAUUUCCAGAAGGGGAAACUACCAGGUUCUGGAAGUUUGCUUUUUUGGUUUUUGAUCACAGGGGAUUUUUCUUCCGGGGGUGGGAAAGGGGGGCUGCUGUUUUUUGGAACCAGAUAGGAAAAGAGAAUAGAGUAGAUUUUUCCCCCACUACAGAAAGUCUCUAGAUACCACGUCAGAGUAGACUCUUGCUGUACAUACGGAUGGCUGUGUCCAGUGCCACGAGAAAACUCAUUACAACUAGCACGCAGAGCAGCUGGACUGCUGCGUUAGUUCUAAUGAAGACUGUCUUUCUUUCUUUGUACCACAGUUUCCUCUGUAAAUUCAAUAUCAUAAUUAGUGUGAAUGACAAAUAAAACGUUUGACAAGUAUGCACGUUGGCCUGGUGCGUUCUUUCAUCAGGGAGAAACCGGCUGCCACAGGAAAGGUACCCACUGGAAAAGGAUACUGAGAGUGUAUCACUCACAACAUCAAAAAUACAUUUCUGUGUUGUUGGUUUUUUGAUCUAUUUAUUGCUUUUUUAACAUUAAAUUGACGUUUUAUUGAUGCAGAAUGACCUGUCUUGCUAUCCAAUAGGACCAUCAAAACAAGACUCAGAUGAGACUUUGCAUGUACAGAGGCUUGGUAAUUGAAUUGUAUCUCCAAUGUCUUGAUUAAAUUCUUGAAUGGUCUAAAA